UCUUCCUCAGUGACUGAGGGAAAUGUGUGGUUAGAUUGGAAGCUGUGUGACUCAGGAGUGAAACGGAAGGAAUUCCAGACUUUGCUGGAUAUCAAGGCGAGGAUCUACGGAGUACUUCAUCACUCGAAAACAGUGCGGUUCCUUUAAGGACUCGUCCCUGAUGGUAGAACUGGAGACCCUGUGCAUGUGUGGCCGGAUGUAGACCUUCCUCUUUUCCUUUGGCAACCGUUGGACAGCUUCGUGAACAGCUUGGCAUCCAGCUUUCUGCAGCUCAAGCUCCAGGUAACCUCAUCUCCUGCCGUCGUACCCACAUUCCUGCUGGCUGUUUCUGACCAUAGAUAGCUUCUCUACUCUGUGGACAAAAGGGUGCCUACAUCACUUGCUCUUCUUCACAUCCAUCAUGCCUCCCAAGAAAAAGAGAAAGCUUCCUGCUCCUAAGAAGCACUGCCCUGUUCAAGGGGAGACCCAGAUCCUCCAGAAAGCCCCAGCUCCUAAGAAACAAUACCAAGGCAAAGGCAAGACCCAGGUCCUCCAGGAAUCUCCAGCACCUAAGAAACACUGCCCAAGCCAAGGCAAGACGCAGGUCCUUCAGGAAGGGCCAGCUCCUAAGAAACACUGCCCAGGCAAAGGCAAGACCCAGGUCCUCCAGGAAGGCCCAGCUCCUAAGAAACACUGCCCAGGACAAGGUGAGACCCAGGUACACCAGGAAGGCCCAGCUACUAAGAAACACUGCCCAGGCAAAGGCAAGAUCCAGGUCCUCCAGAAAGGCCCAGCUCCUAAGAAACACUGCCCAGGACAAGGUGAGACCCAGGUACACCAGGAAGCUCAGGCUCCUAAGAAACACAGGCCAGUCCAAGGGAAGACCAAGGUACUCCAGAAAUCUCAGGUUCCUAAGAAGCACGGCCCAAGCCAAGGGAAGACCCAGAUCCUCCAGGAAUCUCAGGCUCCUAAGAAACACGGACGAGUUCAAAGGAAGACCCAGGUCAUCCAGGAAGCUCAGGCUCCUGCCACCAAGAAGAAAAUAUUGCAGUCUUCAUCUGCUUCUCCUUUGGUGGUUACCCCUGGCACAGAUUCUGAUUCUCACUCACAGAGUUCUCCAGAGGAAGCAGUUUCUACUGCUCCAGCAACAAACAAGUCAAACCCAAGAUCAGAUGAAACAACCAAAAGAAAAAAGAAGAAACCAGCUUUAUCCAAAACAGUAAGUACAUUGGUUAACUACAUCAUUGAAAUGUACAAAAUGAAAAAAACAAUUAGAAAAAAAGACAUGUUGAUGAUUAUCAAUAAAAAGUUUAAGAAACACUUUCCAGAGCUCCUGAAAAGGGCUUCUUUCAACAUAGAGGUGGUAUUUGGCAUGGAAUUAAAGGAAGUGGAUGCCACCAAACACUCUUAUACCCUUGUUGGUAAAAUGAAUCUCCCUUACAAUGGCAUGCUGAGUCGUGGCAGGGGAUUUCCCAAGACUGGUAUCCUAAUGAACCUUCUUGGAGUGAUUUUCAUGAAGGGCAACUCUGCCCCUGAGGAAAAGAUCUGGGAAUUCCUGAAUAAGAUGAAAAUAUAUGAUGGACAGAGACAUUUCCUUUUUGGGGAACCCAGGAAGCUCAUUACACGAGAUCUAGUCCAGCUGAAAUAUCUGGAGCACCGCCAGAUACCUGACAGUGAUCCUCCCCAGUAUGAAUUCCUGUGGGGUCCCAGAGCCUAUGCAGAGACCAGCAAGAUGAAAGUCUUGGAGUUUUGGGCCAAGAUCAAUGAUAUUACACCUACUGCAUUCCAGUCCAAAUAUGAAGAGGCUUUAAAAGAUGAAGAAGAGAAAGCUGAUCCCAUAAUUAUACCCAGUGAGAGCAGUAAAGACACAAAGAAAAAAUGUUCUAUUCCAGGGGUAGAAAUUCUUCCCACCAUUAUUGAAGUUGACGAAGAAGAAGAUUCUUAGCUUUGUAACUGAAGAAAGUACACGGUGUUCCUGGCAGUGAAGGGUGGCCGCAUCUAGAGGGAACACAGUGGAACAUUCUUCUGUGUUCCUGUUUCAC